AUGGCCGCAAGAACUAUCGCUGUCCUAGAUGAACAGGAAUUGAAGGAUGGUCAAAUGAAAGAAAUUGAAUUUGACAAAGGAAAAGUCCUGGUUGCACGUCUGGGAGAUAAAAUACACGCUACGAGUGCUUUCUGUACUCAUUAUGGGGCGCCUCUAGCCAAGGGUGUACUGACUGCCGAUGCCAGAGUCGUUUGUCCUUGGCAUGGAGCUUGUUUCAAUCUUUGUAGUGGUGAUAUCGAGGAUGCACCCGCCCCCAGCCCAUUACAUUCCUUCAAAGCAUAUGUCGCAGACGGAAAGAUUCACGUAACGGCCAACCCCGAAUUUACUUUGAAAGAGAAUAUGGGGAGACCUCCCAAACUUUCCACGGCUGGUUUCGAUGCUGUUGGAAAAGGCACGGUUAUCAUCGGAGGCGGAUCGGGUGCUUUCCAAGCCGUUGAAAGCUUACGAGAGCACGGCUACAAAUUCCCAAUUACCGUUAUAUCCAAGGAGCCACAUGCCCCAAUCGACAGGACUAAGCUCAGUAAAGCCUUGAUCACUGAUGCUUCGAAACUCCAGUGGAAGACACCCGCAGACCUCAAAAUCAAAUAUGGUGUUAACCUCAGAGCCGGUGUCACCGUCACAUCUGUUGAACUGCAAGAUCGAAGAGUUAUCCUAGAUGAUGGAAAGGAUAACAUCGUAUAUGAUAAACUUAUUAUUGCUCCUGGCGGUACUCCACGGAAAUUACCCAUUCCUGGCGUUGAUCUCCAAAACGUGUAUACGUUCCGUGGUGUCCAUGAUGCUAAAAAGGUUGACAGUGCGGCAACGGAGGGCAAGAAAGUUGUAUUCAUCGGAAGUUCCUUUAUCAGCAUGGAGCUGGUGACAGCCCUUUCCAAGCGGAAGCUCGCUUCUAUAGAUGUUAUCGGAAUGGAAGAGUAUCCAUUCGAGGUUGUUCUUGGUAAACAAGUCGGCGCUGGACUCAAAAAGUUCCACGAGUCCCAGGGUGUAAAGUUCCACAUGCAGUCCAAAGUUGAGAAGAUAGUACCUCGUGAAGACGAUCCAUCUUUGGCAGGUAGUGUCGUGGUCAACGGCGAGACUCUUCUCGCGGAUUUUGUGAUUAUGGGUGUUGGCGUAGCCCCUGCCACCGAGUUCCUGAAAAGCAGUGGCAUUGAACUUGAAAAGGGUGGAGGUAUUGAGGUCGACGAAUAUCUUCGUGUCGUAAAGCUUCCGGCAGCAAACAUCGAAAAUGUCUUUGCUAUCGGCGACGUUGCAAUCUACCCGCAAGCUGGGGAGCUAGUAAGGAUCGAGCAUUGGAAUGUUGCCGGAAAUCAUGGGAGGGCGGUAGGAAAGACGAUCGCUGGACAGCCGCAACCUUUCGUGAAAACUCCAGUCUUUUGGAGUGCCCAGGGUCAACAGCUACGAUACUGCGGCUAUGCUGCCGGACACGACGAUAUCAUCAUCAAAGGCAAUCCUGAGGAAAUGAAGUUCAUUGCCUACUACGUCAAACAAGGCAAAGUUGUUGCCGUGGCGAGCAUGCAAAAUGAUCCGGUCGUCAGCGCAGCCUCUGAACUACUUCGAUUGGGUUUGAUGCCAUCUCCGAAUGAGCUCAAGGAUGGAAAGGAUUUACUCAGUGUCGAUAUCUCAAGUGUCAGUUCGCUGCCAAAAGUUGAAUAA